AUGGGCGACAUUGUACAUGUCAACGGCCACUGCGAUGCCAAAUUUCAAGGCGUCCGUGAUGUCUUCGAGAAGCACAUCGCUUCUGCUGAGGAGAACGGUGCAUCUUUAGCGGUGAAUAUCGAAGGGCAAGAUGUGCUCAGUUUAUAUGGAGGUUAUGCAGACACUGCUCGUACCAAGCCGUGGGAGGAGAACACCAUUGUCAAUAUGUUCUCUUGUACCAAGAUCGUUUCGGCGCUUGCGUUGCUGAAGCUGGUCGACCAGGGCAAGAUCUCGAUCAACGACAAGGUGGCUAAAUACUGGCCGGAGUUUGCCGCCAAUGGAAAAGAAAAUAUCGAGAUACGCCAUAUCCUAUCACACAGCUCAGGAGUGGCAGGCUGGAACACACCGCUAACAAUGGAGACAUUGUGCGAUACAGAAAAGAGGACGGCAGAACUCGCAGGUCAAGCGCCAUUCUGGGAGCCCGGUACGAUGUCUGGAUAUCACUGCUGGAACUUCGGUCACUUGGUCGGAGAGGUUGUGCGACGCGUGACUGGCUUGAGCCUGAAAGAGUUCGUGGCCAAGGAACUGGCCGAGCCUACCGGCGCCGAUAUCCAAAUCGGGUGUAAGGAGGCAGACUGGGAUCGUGCUUCUGAGAUGAUACCACCUCCAGCCCUCAACGUCGGCCCAAUGCCGCCGGAUGCCAUGCCGGUCAAGAUUCUCAACCCAUUCCCAGAUGCUAUGUUUAUCCACACGCCACAGUGGAGACGCGCAGAAAUCGGUGCUGCUAACGGUCAUGGAAACGCCAAAGCCUGCUCACGCUUGUUCUCCAACGUGACACUUGCUGGCAAAGGUGGCAAACUGCUGUCCAAAGACACUGUCGAUCUGAUCUUCCAAGAACAGACCUGUGGAGUGGAUGCUUUCAGUGGUCUUACCAUCCGCUGGGGUGUGGGCAUGGCUCUGCGUGGAGAUGGCCAGACUUCCUUGGAUGAGUGGCUUCCGCCGGGCCGUGUCUGCCUCUGGGGAGGUUGGGGUGGCUCUUUGGGCAUUAUGGACUUGGAUCGUGGUAUCACAAUUUCGUAUUUGAUGAACAAGAUGCGGCUCGAGACGCCCGUCACUCCUCUUGCAAAAGAUUACAUCAAGGAGAUCUACAAGAGCAUUGGCGUUGAGUGCGGUAAUUUGGCGCAUUCAGUUCCUGCGUAA